GAAUGCGUCCGCUGCACUACGCGGCGUGGCAGGGGAAAGCCGAGUCCGUCCUGAUGCUGCUUCGCUCCGGAGCCUCGGUCAACGGCGUCUCCCUGGACGGACACAUCCCGCUGCACCUGGCGGCUCAGUACGGACACGACGAGGUGUCUGAGAUGCUGCUGCAGCAUCAGUCGAACCCGUGUCUGGUGAACAAGGCCAAGAAGACGCCUCUGGACCUGGCCUGUGAGUUCGGACGAGUCAAGGUGGCCCAGCUGCUUCUGAGCAGUAACAUGGUGGUGGCGUUGUUGGAAGGAGAGAGGAAGGAGCCGACAGACUCGGCCUUCACGACGCCGCUGCACCUCGCCGCCCGAAACGGUCAUAAAGACAUCAUACGGCUGUUGCUGCAGGCCGGUAUCGACAUCAAUAAAACCACCAAGUCCGGUACGGCGUUGCACGAAGCUUCUCUCUACGGUAAAACGGAGGUGGUGCGCCUGCUGCUGGAUGCCGGAGUGGACGUCAACAUCCGAAACACCUACAACCAGACGGCGCUGGACAUCGUCAACCAGUUCACCACGUCCCACGCCAGCAAGGACAUCAAGCAGCUGCUCCGAGAUGCGACGGGGGUGUUGCAGGUCAGGGCCCUGAAGGAUUACUGGAACCUCCACGACCCCACCGCCCUCAACAUCCGAGCCGGGGACAUCAUCAUGGUGAUGGAGCAGCACGUGGACGGACGCUGGAAAGGACACAUCCACGACAGCCCGAGAGGGACGGACCGGGUCGGCUUCUUCCCCCCGUCCAUCGUGGAGGUCAUCAGCCGGAGGAACGGGGGCACCCUGUCCCGGCACGCCUCUCUGCCCACCCAGCGCCAGCAGCUGCUGUCCAGAGCCCCCCUCUCCUCCAGCCUCAGCUCCGCCCCACAGACCGAUGACUCCUACACUCUGUACGCACCCCCCACCCAUGUGGGGCUGCCGCUCGCCAACGGCCUCACUACCAGCACAGGUUUGUCUCCGAGCCGCCUGUCUCAGUCUGGGUGUCCCUUCGAGGACAUCUGGGUCCUCAGAGACUCGUGUCAUGCCGGCGACAGAAACAGCGUUGGGAGCACUGGGAGCGUGGGCAGCACCCGCAGCGCCGGGAGUGGACAGAGCACCGAGAGCAGCCACGCCCCCAACGGCUUCCCCCCCCACAGCGCUCACCAUGACACCAACGCCAACAAGACAGCGCCCCCUGCUGCUGAUUCUGGGAACUCGGAUCACAGCGACCUGCACGACCUCCCUGCAGGUGGAGCUCCUCGGAGACAGACGGUGACGGUGCAGAAACCCGCGGAGCAGAGCUUCUCUCAGCAGUUCGCUCGCCCUCAGCAGCUGCUGGAGGGGAAGGACGCUGAGGCCAUUUACCAGUGGCUGAGUGAGUUCCAGCUGCAGCACUACACUGGGAACUUCCUCAGUGCUGGUUAUGAUGUACCCACCAUCAGCAGGAUGACUCCUGAGGACCUCACGGCCGUCGGAGUCACCAAACCAGGCCACCGCAAGAAGAUCUCCAUGGAGAUCAGCGACAUGAACAUCCCCGAGUGGCUGCCUGAGUACAUCCCAUCGGACCUGGGCGAGUGGCUCAGCGCCAUCGGACUCCCUCAGUACCACAAGAAGCUUUCUGACAACGGCUACGACUGCAUCAGCAUCGUCAAAGACCUGAGCUGGGAGGACCUGCAGGAGAUCGGCAUCUUCAAGCUCGGACACCAGAAGAAGCUGAUGCUGGCGGUCAGGAAGCUCUGUGACAUCCAGAGGUCGAUGCUCGGCGCUGAGUCCGGCCACGACACGCUGAGACGCAGAGGCCCCGGCGCUCUCCACCUGGUCGCCAUCGAACCGGCCGACUCAGACUCCUCCCCUCGCACCCCAAAGAUGCUGACCUUCCAGGACAGCGAGCUGAGCGCCGAGCUACAGACGGCCAUGUCCAGCCAUUACGGGGACUGCGAGAAAGGUUUGGCCAUGAAGAACGCCGUGGGACUGUCCCAGAGCCAGGAGAGCAUCGACACCCGGUCCAGAGGCUCCGGCCGCUCCCAGGAACCUCCCACAGCCUCCAUCACCCCCCACAGCUGGUCGCAGGAGAGCCUGGACGAGGCCUCGGCCAAGGAGAGGAACCUCCCUGAGGGCUGGGACCAGAGGCCCAAGCAGGUUCCUCUGGGCACCGCCACGGUGUUCAAGUACCCCGCCAUCCCGGCCAAGCCCCGCCUGUCGGGAUCUCGUGGCCCCUCCCCUCAUGGCUCGCCAGCACUGAAGGGUUUCAGUUACCUUCAUUCUCACUGUGGCUCCACAGAACUGAGCUCCUCCCCUCGCCGUGCGGGCCACGCCUCCACCCUGACUCCGCCCAAGAAACGCACCCAGAGCAAAACCCGCUACGCUCUGUCAGACGGCGAGCCCGAUGAAGACGAGGAGGAGGAGCACGCCGCCCACUCAGGAAACCUGCCGUCCUACGCCACGCUGACCCGCAAGCCGGGGCGCAGCCAGCUGGCUCGACUGCAGGCGAGUCCAGAGAAGAGCGGCAGCGUGGGGCGGAGUCAGUCCUUCGCUGUGCGCGCCCGCAAGAAAGGUCCCCCUCCACCCCCCCCCAAACGCCUGAGCUCAGUCAGCAGCACCACCAGCGGCGAGCUGAGCGACAGCAGCACGUCUUCGUCUUCAGGCCGGGUGGUGACGGACAGUCCGGGCAGCGUGAGGAGCAUCGCUGAUGCUCUGGAAGGAAGCCUAGAGGGGAGGAGCUCCCCAGGACCCACGCCAGAGCUGGGCCACCAGGAGGCGCCCUCCCUCAUCUCUGCAGGACAGGAAGUGAGAGAGGCUCCAGGGGUGAGGAGGAGGGUGAAGAGCGAGUGCGUCCCCGCCCACAGCGGCGCCGAGCCCGACCGGGGGGGGAAGUCUGACUCUGAGGAGGACGGACCCAAAGGCCUGGCGAGCUCCUCGUCGCCUCACAACAGCUCCAGCGAGUGCCUCCCCUUCGCCGAGGAGGGAAACCUGACCAUCAAACAGAGGCCCAAGGCGCCGGGGCCCCCGAGGGCCGAGGCCGUGCUGGAGCCUCCGGACCAACACGCCACCAAGAGCCUGGAGGUGCCCGAGUUCAACCUGAAGGAGUCGGACACGGUGAAACGCCGACAGAAGCCCAGAGACAAGGAGCCGGGGGGGGGCUCCCCCAGCCGGGAGGAGGCGGGGCAGCCGGGCUCGCCGGCCGGCAGCAGGCCUCAGAGCCGAGAGGGCGUCGCCCUGAGGAUCAGUGACACGGGUGUAGAGCGGCCGGCCAGUCCGGCUACAGGGUCACAGAUCAAACCCCCACUCUCCCCCAAACCCCCCAGUGUCGCCCCCAAACCUGUACGUCACAGUCUGCUGGCUGCACAAGCAGCUGGACCCUCGACUCCAGCUCUCACCAUCAGUGUGGUUCAGAGUUUGGCCUUCACCUCCUCCUCCUCCUCCUCCUCCUCUCCGCUCCACGGGCCCCCGGCUCUGGCCCCGCCCCCGUCUUCAGCCCCGGCCCCUCAGAGUCCAUCUCUGACAGCGGCCAGGUCCCAGGUGUGCGUGGUCGGUCCGGAUCUGGUCCCGGAGCCGUCCUGUGGGACCCAGGUGGUUCAGCAGAGACUGGAUCAGACCAGCACGUCUCUGGAAGCAGCUCUGAAGGCUGUGGAGAGAAAACUGAACCUGGACGACAACUCAGACGGCGGAGCAAACUCAGUGAAGUCUGCAGGAACCAUCCUGGACGACAUCGGCAACAUGUUCGACGACCUGGCCGACCAGCUGGACGCCAUGUUGGACUGAGGACUCCUCCCACAUCUAUAUCAAAAUAUAUUUAUAUAUAUCCAGCCUCAAGCUCAGGGAGUGAAGCACAGAGAGAGAGAAGGGGGAAGGAGGGAUGAUGGAGGGAUGAUGGAGGGAUGAUGGAGGGAUGAACACCAGCGCUUCUUCUCCUCCUGCCUCCUUCAGACUCUCAAACUGCGUCUUUCACUCAGGUCUGGUUCGGUUUGGAACCAGCAUCUUCUCCUCGUGUCUUAUCGAACAGGAACCAGACGCUGGAGCAGCACCUUCACAUUAUCAUGAUUAUUGUUAAACACUAAUAUGGAAACAUGAAGUUUUAUUGUCUUGAUUUUACAGAGCUGAAGAGCUGACGUCUUUACUGCCACUUCCUGUUCCUGAAGCAUGACACUAAACUCAAACCUUUACUGUCGGAUCACGUGAUGAUCACAUGACUGCUCGUUCGCUAGAGGAGCCGCUUUGCGUCUUAUAGCUCAGUUUUGUUUUUUGUGUUUUCAUUGAAUUGUCGAAUGAAUUAGAAAGUUGCUGUGUAGUGUGGUCAGAAGGGGGCGCUGUAGGUCAGGAAACAAAUCCAGACGCCAGAGAAGAUGUAAUAUAAGGGGAGGAGUUGAAAUGGUUCUUUCUUCUUCUUUGAUUUAUCUUAAGGCAGAAACAGCUGAUCAGUCAGAGUUUAAUGUUUUCUUCGACAGAACUUAUUCAUAAAAGAGCGUUAACUCCUUUUAUUUAAGUCAAAAACUGAAAGUAAAAAACUUUGAUGACAGUUCUUUUUGAAAUGUCAAUGUUCCCCUCAAACUGUUUUGACAUGAUG